AUGUUCUUCAUAUGUAUAGUAACAGUCAUUCAGUUUCCCUUUGGGCAGCUUGCUGGCCUUUAUCCUCCAGAGAACGUGACUUUUGAAUGGGAAAACCAGAUACUUUAUAUUUAUACAAAUUAUCCAAAACUAAAAAAUACAAAGCAGCCACUCCAUCAUCUUUGCUUUGAACUUCAAAUGCAGAUCAAAAGCAGCACUGCAAUCAAUUGGGAGGUAAGGUUAAUGCUAUCAGAGUGUGGAGAGUCAACAUUAUUUUACUGUUCCAUUAAUAACCCAAGCUUUGACCCUGAAAAAUGCUACCUAAUAAGAGUCAGACUGGAAGUUUCAGACACGUGUUUAUAUGGGCAAGAUCGGCAAAGUGACUGGGGACAGUUGAUAUUCUCAAAGAAUGGCACUUUUUUAGACUCCUGCCCCGUGGAACGUGUAUCAAACAGGCUGAUUGUUCUACUUGCCACUAUUCUGCCACUGUUAAUCUGUGUCGUAGCUUUACUGCCAUGUACAAUUAAAAGGAUAAAGAAAAGGUUGUUUCCUAUAGUACCUGAUCCAAAACAUAAAUUCACUGGCCUUUUUGAAGAUCACAGUGGGAAUUUCCAGCAAUGGGUGAAAAAGGAAAAAGAUGAACUUCUAGCUACACGUAUUGAUGCCUUAGAAGAAGAAGAAGAAGAAGUAGAAGAAGAAAAAGAAGAAGAAGCAGAACUAAUUGUUGAAAAAUGGGAGACUGAAGAUGACAUUCAACUGGAAGAAAAUGAAGCUUGCCGGGAAAAUCCCUAUACUGAUGAAGAACAAGCUGAAAUCAUAAUAAGUCAUGCUCAAACACAAAUAGAGACUAUCCCUGAUAUUUGCAUUGCAAAUUUAACAUUUCCUAUGAAUGAUAGGAUGUAUAUAAUGCUUUGACUUGAAUUAUGAAAAUGUUUUGCUCAGAGAAAGAGUAUUGUUAUAGUUGUUGCAUUUUUGGGGGAAACAGGGAGGAUAACCAAAGCAUCUUUUUAGGUCUAUGGAAACAGGAGGAUGUAAGAGAACAUAGAGAAUGUAAUGAAGUUAUAACACUGAUGGGCAACCACAACGUUUAGGUUUUUGAGCCAUCAUUGCUUGCUUUUCAUGGUACAAGACUUGUUAAACAUGCACUUAACAUGCUAUAUGUGAUUGGAAACGUUAUGAAUGAUAGGAUGUAUAGUAAGACGAGUUUAUCAUACUGCAUUGUGGGUACUACCUAAAAAGGUGCAUCACACGUAAACAGACAGGGUCGGUUGGACAGUACAAGAAAAUAUUAUUUGCAGCAUUGUUGGCUUUGGAAAAAGACAAAAAUGAAAUCAUAUUCAAGAGGGUUUCUAGAAAUUAAACUAUAGUCAUGAGUAAUUAUAUUGUUCAAUGCAAUUAGUAGAAAGCUGGGAUUUAAAGGUGUUGUUGAGUUCUGAGAUGUGUUCUGAGUAGUGAUAUUCUGUUUUUUGAGCUAUUUAGCUUUUUAUUUGGCAGUUCUGGCGGCUAUGGUCCAA